ACAGGUGACCGAGCAGUCGGUCGGUCCGCGGGUCUGUCGCUGUGAGGCUGGACGGAGAAGCGCGGUCACCAUGUCGGUGGAACCGGAGGGAAGCAACCGACUCCUGCGAGACGUGCUGGCGGCACCGGGCAACGGAACGUGCGCCGACUGCGGUAAUCCAGAGCCGGACUGGGCGUCGCUGACCCUGGGUGUGUUUGUUUGCCAGGCCUGCUCUCUCCUCCACCGGAGCAUCCCCGACAUCAGCCGGGUGAAGUCGGUCCAGGACACGUGGGCGGCCGGCGAGGUGGAGGCGAUGGCCGCCAAAGGAAACGAUGCAGCCAGGGCCAAAUACGAGCAGAAGGUUCCCGCCUUCUACUACAGACCAACGCACACCGACUGCAAGAUGCUGAGGGAGCAGUGGAUCAGAGCGAAGUACGAGAGGAACGAGUUUGAGUGCAUCGAGAAGCAGGAGCCGUACUCUGCAGGGUACAGAGAGGGGUUCCUGUGGAAACGAGGGAGAGACAACGGUCAGUUUCUCAGCAGGAAGUUCAUCCUGUCGGAGAGAGAGGGCGCGCUGAAGUACUUCAACAAGCAGGACGGCCGGGAUCCCAAAGCCGUGAUGAAGAUCGAGACCCUGAACGCCACCUUCCAGCCGGCCAAGAUCGGCAACCCGUGCGGCCUGCAGAUCACGUACCUGAAGGACAACAGCACGAGGAACAUCUUCGUCUACCACGGAGACGCCAAGGAGACGGUGGACUGGUUCAACGCCAUCCGGGCCGCCCGGUUCCACUACCUCCAGGUGGCCUUCCCCGGAGCGGGGGACGAGGAGCUGGUGCCGAAGCUGACCCGCAACUUCAUGAAGGAAGGGUUCAUGGAGAAGACGGGCCCCAAGCACACGGAGGGCUUUAAGAAGAGGUGGUUCACGAUGGACGACAGGCGGCUCAUGUACUUCAAAGACCCUCUGGACGCCUUCGCCUGCGGCGAGGUCUUCAUCGGCAGCCAGGACAACCGCUACACGGUGCUGCCGGGCCUGCCGCCGGCCACCCAGGGCCAGCACUGGAGCCACGGCAUCACCAUCGGCACGCCGGACAGGAAGUUCCUGUUCGCCUGCGAGACGGAGGCGGAGCAGCGGGACUGGAUCUCGGCCUUCCAGAGGGUCAUCGACCGGCCAAUGAGGCCGCAGGAGUAUGCAGUGGAGGCCCACUUCAAACACAAGCCCUGAGGGGGGGGGGGUAAAGGAGAAGAAAGAGGAAGAGGCAGAGAGAAGCUGAACUCUCAUCGGAGGCCGAAGGCGAGAUGAUGUCAUCACGAUCACACCUCCUACCGACCUCCUUCUUCUCCUCCUCCCCCUCCUUCUUUUCCUCCUUCCUUUUUUUCUCCUUCUUCUCUCUCUUCUCGUCCUUCUUCUCUUUCUCCUUCUUCUUCACCUUCUUCUUCUCCUCCUCCUCCUACUCCUGCUUUGUCUUCUUCUCCUUCUCCUCCUCUUUCUUCUUCUUCAUCUUCUUCUUCUCCUCCUCCUCCUUCUCCUCCUACUCCUGCUUUGUCUUCUUAUCCUUCUCCUCCUCUUUCUUCUUCUUCUUCAUCUUCUUCUUCUCCUCCUUCCUCUCCUCCUCCUCCUUCUACUUCUCCUCCUCCCCCUCCUCCUUCCUUCUUCUUCUUCCUCUUCUUUCUUCUGCCUCUUCCUCUCCCCCCCCCCCUCCUCCUCCUCCUCCUGAAUGGUUCAUCCUCCCUGUAUCUAAUGUAAUUAUGUAAUCUAGAUUCAUUUCACUGGUCGCUUAACAGAAGACGACGCAUUGUUAAUUUAUUGAAUGUACAGUUUUGAUGACAGUGGCUUAGCGCACGUGUGUGUGUGUGUGUGUGUGUGUGAGUGUGUGUGUGUGUGUGUGUAAUCGUGAUGUUUUCCGUUGAGGACACUGAGGUUGAACCUCUGGCACUGAGACCCUGUUAAACCUGAAACCUACAAAGUGCUGUUAACAACACAAUAUGCAUUAAAACGACACACAAGGACACACAAAGACACACAAGGACACACAAACUCUCAGUGAUCACGUGGCUGCAGGAGCCCAUCGGGCCCUCCAGCCUGACCGCUGUUCUCUUUUAUUUGUACCGUUGUUGCCGCUUUUCAAACGAUUGUAAUGUAACAGGAUUGUAAUUUAUACGACAGUUAUCUCUUUUAUUUACAUUGUGCAUCUCAUGAGGCGCGUUGUCGUCGUGUUGGACCAGCGGCGGGUUGUCUCCUCGUGGACGCCUUGACGUGAAUACAGACCUGAACAUCCA